UUCCAAAGUGACGAAAGACUUCCGCGUAGGUGUUUCACUGUGAGUGGAAGUAAAAGUUGAAUGAGAAAACACAAAUCUGGGCUACCAAACGAAACGGGGUGGCAUGCCGCAGUUUAAUAUAGCUAAUUUACCUAGUUGGUUGCUUCGGUAACGGUACAUUAUAUGAAGUCCAGUCUACCUUGCAUUGUGUCAAAGUGCAGUCCAUUACAGUUACCUGUUUUCUGUAGUCUAGUACUGUAUUGCUGUAGGGUUAGGGUCUCCGUACCCUGGAAUGGACAGAGAUGGAUUGCGGAUUGUGUGAACUGAUUCAGUGUCUGGCUGCUUUGGCAGUUGUGGCUUUAAUUUUGGUUGUAUUAAUCGCACACUUCAGUGCUUCGGGUAUGGUUGAUCUGAGACGUCACGAGAAGGAGAAAUAUUUCCUCUCCGAAGAUGGAGAGAAGGGAACAUUUCCCAGUCUCCAGGACCCCUCUUCCCGGGAGCUGUCUGUGGUAGUGCCGGCCUACAACGAGGAGCUCCGGAUGCCCGUGAUGAUGGAGGAGACCAUGGAUUACUUGGAGAAUCGACAGAAACGGCAACCUUCAUUUACCUACGAAGUGAUUAUAGUUGAUGACGGCAGUAAGGACAAAACCACGGAGGUGGCCUUGGAGUACACUAAGAAGUAUGGAGCUGACAAAGUGAGGGUGCUGACCCUGGUGAGGAACCGUGGGAAGGGUGGAGCUGUGAGGAUGGGCACCCUCAGCUCCAGAGGAAAGCUCAUCCUGAUGGCGGACGCUGACGGAGCCACAAAGUUUGCCGACCUGGAGAAGGUGGAGGCCGGCCUGCAGGACAUCAGCCCCAAGCCGGAGAACAUGGCCAUUUCCUGCGGCUCUCGAGCUCAUCUGGAGGAGGAGUCUGUUGCACACCGGUCGGUGUUCCGCACGUUCCUGAUGUACGGGUUCCACUUCCUGGUGUGGUUCUUCUGCGUGAAGGGGAUCCGGGACACGCAGUGCGGCUUCAAGCUGUUCACCCGCGAGGCGGCGCUGAAGACCUUCUCCUGCCUGCACGUGGAACGCUGGGCGUUUGAUGUGGAGCUCCUUUAUAUCGCCCAGUGCUUUAAGAUACCCAUCGCAGAGGUGGCCGUCAACUGGACCGAGAUUGAAGGGUCCAAGCUGGUCCCGUUCUGGAGUUGGCUACAGAUGGGCCGCGAUCUGGUGUUUAUCAGACUUCGCUACAUCACUGGUGCCUGGAAACUGGAGUCGUCGCGGAAAGCAGACUAGCGCGCCCACGCGGUUCUGAAUUUAGGACGCGGAGGAGCGCGGGUGGAUGGAUUUCGCGUUUCUCCGUGUUGAGCACGCACACCGACGAUGCCGCGACCUUCACGGGCGCUGUACUCAAAGCCGUUUUUAUCAUGUUACCUUUUUUACUGUGACAAAGAGGCACGAAGAAGAGUCCUGAGAGAACAUUGCUUUGUAAUCAAUCGAUCAUAUUUUUAUUUUGUAUCAUUGUUUUUUUUGGGUUUGAAAUGUAAUAGCCGUUUUUAAUUUGGUUUCUCAUUUGGAGUAUACUGUAUGCCUACCUGUGGGUGGGCUUUUCUUUCUUUCUUUGGACUAAAGAAGCACUGGACAACUUGUACCAAAUAAUUAAAAAGCAACGAAUAGUUACUGGGUUGGAUGUGUUUUAUUCCAACAAUCCAAGUAGGAAGCACUUGAUCAUUACAGAAAUGAUGGUCAAUGUAAGGUCAGCAUUCAACGUGAGAGAAAUAUAAAUCUUGCACUUGUGAACUUUCUUUUUGAAAUCAUACUGUAAAAUAAGUUGUCCAGCUGGUAACUCGUUGUCUGUACAAUUUUAAUACCCCACCCCAAAAAAGGGCAGAUGAUAAUUCGCACUAUAACAAUAAAAUGUUAAAAUUAAUACACAAUGUUUCAUAGGAAAUGUAGAAACAGUAAAAUGUACAAUACGAAAUAUACAAUUAAAACAAAAAGUACUUUUA